AUGGUGAUUAAUAGCUCUGACUUUGCCGAAAAGGAGAAGGCCACAGCAAAGGCCUUGGAAGAUGUAAAGGCAAACUUUUACUGUGAAUUAUGUGACAAGCAGUACCACAAACACCAGGAGUUUGACAAUCACAUUAAUUCUUAUGAUCAUGCUCAUAAGCAGAGACUGAAAGAAUUAAAGCAGCGGGAAUUUGCUCGAAAUGUAGCUUCCAAGUCAUGGAAAGAUGAGAAGAAACAAGAAAAAGCACUUAAACGUCUCCAUCAACUGGCUGAGUUGAGGCAGAAGUCCGAAUGUGUUUCUGAAAAUGGACCAUCCUACAAAGCUUCCAGAAUAACAAUAGAAAAGCAACUCGAGCAAGGAAUCUUCCCAAUUAAGAAUGGUAGAAAGGCAACAUGCAUGAAGAGUGCUCAUCUCCUGAAAGGACGAAGUCUCUCCAGAAAUAUUUCUGAUAAACAGCGAUCCAUCAUGCCAAACAGACACCAGUUGCCCACAGACAGACGUUACUUGUUUGGAAAUCGAAUGUCACAAACAUCACCAGACCCAAACACUGUUAGUCACAAGAUCGGCGUAUCAUUUUCAUUUUCAAAAAAAGUGCAUCUAAAAUUAGAAUCUUCUGCUUCGGUUUUUAGUGAGAACACAGAAGAAAAUCAGGAUUGUAGCAAGUCACCAGUUUAUAAAACACACCAAGCCUCAGAGACAUGUAAGUGCUGCACAUAUGCAAACAAGGAUACACACCUCACUAAAAAAGAUGUAAACAUUGCACCACACCAUCUGGAAAGUGUUUUGCACAAUACCUUCUCCUUUAGCAUUAAUAAUUUGCAAGACAAAAAUGACUCUACUGGUGAGACUCUUAAAGAUCCAUUUGGCAUUCAUGCUUCAUUCUCUAAAUCUAGCACACAUCAUUCAGAUGUGAAAUUUACACCUUCCAGCAGAGAAAAGGAAUCUCCAAAUACACGGAAGAAUGCUUGGCAAAACCACAGUAAUCACCCAAGCCAGGAAAAUGCUGCUUCCAGCCCACCAUGUAUUUACAAGCACAGUGAUGCCAGACAACUCCAACAUCUGGACGCACUUCCUUCACCAGAGCCAAGCGAGCAAAGCAAUGCCACACACCUGAGUCACAAUCCCAGAACUGAGAACAGAGAUGAAUCUUUAGAUGAAACAGGAAAAGUGAGCAAAAAUAUGAAAAGGCUCAUAAGAGAAACAUGUCUCCAUGACGUGAAGUCUAAACAACUGCCUUUUCUUCAUGUACAAAGCAAGGACGGCCACACCACUCUCCAGUGGCCUACAGAACUUUUGCUCUUUACAAAAACACAGCCUUGUAUCUCUUAUGGCUGCAACCCAUUAUAUUUUGAUUUCAAGCUUUCUCGGAACUCGAAGGAUGACCAUGAUCCAGAAGACUUCCAAGCGGAACUGGGGAAGAAACCUUGUAAGAGAAAGACUAAAAUAGAGAGCCAAUCCUCGUGUUUAAUCAAAGACCAAUAUGAAAUGAUCCAAGAAGAUAAUCAAUCUCUAAAACCAAAGAUGAUUAAAAUUAAUCCAGAUUGGGAAAAUUUCCAGAGAAAAUAUAAUUUGGACUUGAAGGAUUCUGAGCAAAUUAUGGCUGAACAUCAUUGCAGUACAAGUGAUUUGGAUAUGAAAAAUCCUCAAGUGCCUGCUUACCUUGAAAUCUCUCUAAAGGACUGUGAAGGCGGUAAGAAUAAUGAUGAUAAAGAAUCGAAAGAAUCGUCAAAUAUCCAUUGGCAAAGCUGCCAAAGAGUAGUUCUAAAUAAUGCAAAUGAAGGGGUAUCUUUUAUGCCCUAUAAAUGCAGGACUAAAAAGAAACAUAAACGGAUUCCCUGUGAAGCUCCGUCAGAAUUUGCAGAUCAUAACCAAUUUGAGUGGGAUUCUAGUCCCUAUGCAGUAGGGGGCCACAGUGAGCAGGAGAAGGACUUCAGCGCACUUUUCAAUAGGGGUAAUUUGCUCUACUUUUGUAAAAGAGAAUGCAACCCAGUUGAAAGACACAAACGGAAACGCAAAAAGCACAAUUGCUUCUCCUUGCCUGAGGAGAUGGUGAAGAGCGACUGCCUUCAGACGGAAACACACAGAACUAGAAAUGGUCCCUUGUGGGAGUCAUUUAUAACCGAAAAGUACUCAAACCAUAAAGACGGUUACUGCAGGGAAAGAUACAAACUGGGAAAAAAUCAGCCGCAAUUUCUGGGAUCAAAAUUCAGGAAAAUGAUCCAUGGUGAUCCCAGCACACCAAUUUCCUGUACGAGAAGCAGAGAAAACCCACCUCCUUGCCAGAGCCUUCAAGACAGCCAACUGGGCUCUGACUCAACAGAGAGCACGUAUCACCUAAAGAAAAAUGAAAGAAGUCAGGAAACUUUGAACAGUUCUGAUAUUUGUGACCUGGGAGAAGUAAAACCUAUGGUGUGUGAUACUGGGAGUAUCAGCUGCCUUCUAAGAAAUCAUUCCAGUGGUCCUUCAGAAAGCGGAGAGUUGAGCAUAUUAAACGGAGAGAGAACCCCACUGACAGCUAAGAGCCUUUUAGAAAGGGUGCAAGCCAAGAAGUGUCAGGAGCUAGCAAGCAAUUUUGGGACUGCUUCACCAAGCUGUAAAAAUGAAUCUGCAGCUUGUUCACAAAUUCAAUGCACACUCAAAUUUGCCCCACUAGGCUGUCCCAAACCAGCAGUGUCUCUUUCUCAGAAACUACAGAACAUGAGUAAAAGAAAACAUAAUAAAUCCCGUACAUCUAUAAGAACUACUGAGGACACAGCAAAAAGUUCACAGACAAGUGAGUCUGUUUUCACAGACAGUGGUUGUGCUAAGCAUCUUUCUCAAGGUUUAAUUCAGGUAAUAGCAGAGUCUCAGUCACCAAACAGUACGAACUCAAAGAAAGAACAGUCACAAUCUUUGAUUAGUAAAGUCCAAACUUUCAUUCAAAGCUCUGACCCAGUACCAUAUGAUUUACCUGGUGCUUUACCAUCUAAUAGAUAUAUUGGUGUUACUAGUUCAACAGAGACCAAAGAGGACCAAAAAAAUCUAGAACUACAGGAUGUAACCAUACAUAUGAAUUGUGUACAAGGGAACAUAAACUCUCAUUAUGACAGAACUAUGCAAAAGCAUGACAACAUAGAAGAUGGAUUAGAAGUAUGUCAUAAAUCUAUCUCUCCCCCUUUAAUUCAACAGCCCAUAACAUUUUCUGCUGAUGAAAUAGAUAAAUAUAAGCUCCUUCAACUACAAGCCCAACAGCAUAUGCAGAAACAACUCCUAGCAAAGCAUCUUCGAGUUUUGCCUCCUGCGGGACCACCUGCCUUCUCUCCAGCCUCAGCUGUACAGGCGGUUCCAGUUCACCAGCAUGCUUCCAUAACCACCAUCCACCACACAUUGCUCCAACAUAUCGCUGUUUCUGCUUCCCUGAAUCCUCAUAGUAAUCACCUACCAAUAACUCAACUGCAUCCUCUUUCUCAACCACAUUUUGCUCCCAUCACAUUUUCACCCCUGGCGCCAGCCAUCAUCCCAGCACAUCCCACUUUCAUAGCAGGUCAUCCCCUGCAUUUAGUCACUGCUACCCCUUUUCAUCCCCCUCAUAUCACACUUCCGCCCCUGCCCCCUGCAGCAUUUAUCCCAGCAUUGUUCAGCCCUCACUUGAAUCCAGCCACAACUUCCAUCAUCCACUUGAAUCCUUUAAUCCAGCCAGUGUUCCAAGGUCAAGACCUUUGUCAUCAUUCUUGCUCCAACCAGAUGCAACCAUUAAAUGGAGUGAAAGAGGCCUUAAAUAUGUCAGCUCACUUGAACUAA